CUGGUAGUGUAGUAGUCUCAUCGUACAGAAGCACUACAGCGUACGUACAUUUCACUAUAAAAAAUACAUAGUAAAUGUAAUUGUUUUUUAAACACUUUUCGAACAAKAAGUCUAUUUCAAUCUACAAUUUUUACGUUACGACCUUUAGACCGUUGUGCUUACAUUUAUUUUAUAAAGUGUCGUAAAAACAUUAUAAUGGUGCGCUCUCAUUUAUAUAGUUAAAUCGAGAUUUGUCUGGUCACAUGAUGGCUGCAAUGCCUGGYACGUUCUCAUUGUCAUACAAAAGUCGGUGCAUCGACAGUGGUGGUUCGAUAGGAGGUAUCGCAGGAGGAGUAGCGGAACAAAUUCCGUGCCGUUAUUACAGUACGGAAAGGAGGCAACACAGGUAUUCGUCGUUUUCUAUACUGAAAUGGUUCCGGCGGAGCAAGCACUACGAUGAUGAUACAGCCUGGUUCCGGGACAAUCUGCAGCGCAUUCGGCAAGCGUACGUGGAACAGGAAGCGGACUACGCGGUAAUUACGCCAGUCGCGGCACGUCGCAGAUCGACAGCCGCUGCCACGUGGUCUAGGUGGUCCGGUAGUACAACGACCGUGUACAGUUUCGCGUAUGUAGAUGGAGCGUCACGGGAUAAUGACAAGAAAGGUGUCGUCCUAUCGGAACUGGACAGGCAUAAAGCAGAUGACGACGAUGUGGUCGAAUAUAUCGAUGCGGCCACACUGCCGGUGGCGCAUCGACGGCGAACCGACCAUGGUCAGCCGCACUCAACGUCAACUUCGGCUGAGACAAAUACUCACAAUAACGAGYCCGUUAUGACGGGAACUAUGACGGCCAUCAGGAGACGUAACAAGAGGGCGGCUCCGCUUCCGCCGGCAUUGACGGUCGAACCUGCCACUGUUCCCGUCAAAGCAGUAAACACUGCGACAGUACAGCGACGCCCGGUUGGUACGUUUUCCAGGAAAAAGUAUAGGGCACCUCAGCCGCCGGCAAACUGGUCGGGACCACGGCCGCAGCAGGAGCAACGUGGGCCCUGCCGUCGAGCCACUCCAGUGCAGCGCCACAGAAAGGGUCCGGCGCCCAAGCCACCUAUUGUACAACAACUGCAGCCGAAGCUAGUCAUCACCAAUGCCAGUGGCGAUCUGGAAGCCGGUUCAAAUGUCAAGCGAAAAAUCUCGCAGUACGAGAGAGACCGACUCAUGCAACGGGUGGACAAGAUUGAAAAGCAUUUUUUGGAUAAGACGGCGACRGUUCCAAAGGCUCAAGCAUCGAGGAUCGAUCGUCGCCACGAGUUCGYGUCACCAUCGGCUUUGUACACAGCUAUGGCUGCUACAAAUCUGACCGAGCUGGACAAGCGAGCAGCCGAGAUAUGUAAGCAGAAGAACCGCUACGGGAUUGGCGUACCACUGACAGCUGACCACAAGAACGCCAUCGUCAUGGCCGUCAUUCGGAAAUCGUAUUCGACAACGACGGCGACUGCCGAAGAUACUAUUCAAUCAGACAAAGUGCCUGCGCCGUCUGCAGUGGACGAUGAAAAGCUACUCAUAAGACAUAAGCGCUUAGCGUUUUUCCAACAACAGCGGUCAACAAGACCAGCCGUUGAUGGUGACACUGGUUCAGRGAGGAGCACGACCACUGUUCCGAAACUAAUGUUGCAGGGAAUGCAGACGGAUUUCAAGUCCACCGCUGCCGUCACCGUCGGGGCCAAAACCUCYAAGGUCGACGUGACACCUGUGGCCGACACGGUCGUCUGUAGUGGCGGCAGAAGGUGUUCGUCUGCAGAUACUAAAAAUUUGCCAUCUGCAGUUAAAGAUAAUAAUUGUUAUCAGCAAUUAAUGGCCAUGGAAAUGCAAAGUGACCUUGUACUUCAUUACGGUCCCUUUGAAUGCGCUGUGUGUUUAUGUACAUAUGAUAAUAAUGGCGUUGUGUUACGUGAUUGUUUGCAUGUAUUUUGUAGACUUUGUCUAAAAAUGACAAUCGAUCAUUCGAAUGCUGAACAAGUUGAAUGUCCGUAUAUAGAUGAGCGGUAUUCUUGUACGGGGGUUUUGCAACAUCGUGAAAUAAAAAAGAUAUUGGAUUCGGAUGAAGAAUAUGAAAAUUUUUUGCAAAGGUCAGUGGAACGAGCCAGACAGUUGUUGGCGAAAGAGCAAAACGGCGGAUCUUUUCAGUGCAGUCGACCUGAUUGUACGGGUUGGUGUUUGAUCUAUGAUAAGAAUGACGUCUUGGAUUUUAAGUGCCCCGUUUGUGGGACAGUAACGUGUGUUCGGUGUGGUUCAAUUCACAUAGAAGGAAAAGGAUGUAAAAAGUUCAUAGAAAAAAAUGACUGCGAUGGCACGCUCGAGAGUCUUAUAAAACGUGGAGAUGCUAUGCCAUGUCCAGGAUGUAGCACAAUUCUGUCAAAGCAGCAAGGCUGUGAUUGGAUUAAAUGUUCCGUAUGUUUUAUGGAGAUUUGCUGGGCAACUAAAGGUCCUAGAUGGGGACCUAAAGGAAAAGGAGAUACUACAGCAGGAUGUAUGUGUGGCAUACCAGCCGGAAGAAAAUGUCACAUUGAUUGUAAAUAUUGCCAUUAGGCAUUAAAUGGAUUUAUGUGUAUAUUGUACCUAUACAUUAAUAAAAAUGAUUUAAUGCAGUGCUUGAAAAAUCCAUUUAAAAAGUUAUUAACUACCUUAUAAAAAAGAAACUUCGUUCAUUUAUCUUUUAGUCUAAAAGAAGUUAAUUAGUAUUUUCUUCAUUCCUACAUGGGAACUUAUUUUUUACGUAUUUA